GUCGACACCACGGCCGCAGGCCCGCCGCCGCCUCCUCCCAACGGCGGCCUGCGCGCCUGGCUGCAGGUCCUCGGCGCCUUCUUCCUCAACUUCAACUCGUGGGGCAUGAUCAACACGUUCGGCAUUUACCAGGCCGAGUACUCGACGGGCAUCCUCAGCGGCUCGUCCGAGUCGGACAUCUCGUGGAUCGGCUCUCUGCAGGCCUUUCUGAUGCUCGUCGUGUGCGUCCUGUGCGGCCGCCUGCUGGAUGCCGGAUACUUCUACGCCGACAUCACCAUUGGCGUGUUUCUGGCCGUGUUUGGCAUGAUGACGACGUCCCUGGCAAACGAGUACUGGCAGGUGAUUCUGGCGCAGGGUGUCGUGGUCGGCAUCGGCGCCGGCAUGAUCUUCAUCCCGAGCAUCCAGAUCGUGGGCACGUACUUCUCGACGCGGCGCUCGACGGCCAUGGGCCUGGCGGCGACGGGCUCCAGCAUUGGCGGCAUCGUCUACCCCGUCGUUCUGAAGCGACUGGCUGCGGAACUGGGCCUGCCCUGGGCCACGCGCGUCGUGGGCUUCAUCAUGCUCGGCACCCUGCUCAUCUCGGUCGCCGUGAUGCGGCCCCGCCUGCCGCCGCGCAAGUCGGGCCUGCCGCUCGUCAACGUGGCCGCACUGCGGGACCCGGCCUUUGCCCUCUGGCUGGUUGCCGUUUUCUUCACCUUCGUCGGGCUCUACGUCCCCUUCUUCUUCGUCGAGAAGUACGCCCUCUCCAUCGGUGUUUCGUCCGAUCUCGCGUUCUAUCUGCUCAUCAUCAUGAACGCUGGCUCCGUCCCCGGACGCAUCGUCCCGUCCAUGAUCGCCGACAAGGUGGGCAACAUGUCCAUCAUGAUCCCCGCGGUGCUGUUCUCGGGCGUCAUCACGCUGGCUUGGAUCGGGGCCCACACGCAGUCUGGGCUUAUCGCUGCCGCCUUCUUCCUGGGCCUGGUCAGCGGUUCCAUCCAGGCCGUCCUGCCAGCCAACGUCGUCUUCCUCUGCCCAGACCUCUCUAUGCUUGGCUCCAACCUGGGAAUGACCAUGUUCACCUCGGGUUUUGGUCUGCUGAUUGGCAGCCCAGUUGCUGGUGCCAUUAUCGACCGCCAGUCUUCAGCCGAUGGCGUUGUGUUUUGGGGGGCUCUUACGUUUGCUGGUGCCUUCAUCAUUGCGGGCAGUAUCCUUCUCACUGCAUGCCGCGUGAUCAAGGUCGGAUUUGCCAUCGUAAAGGCAUAAUCAGGAAAGGAGUUGUUGGUGGAUAUACC